AACACAUUUACAAAAGGAAAAAAGAAAAGGUUAUUAGCUUAAGUAAUAUUUUACUCUUUCAUCUUAAUUUUUUUUUAAAAAAAAGUUACAAAGAUAAGAAGAUGGAUCCAAUGUGGAUGAUAACACUUGUUUUAGGGUUAUUGCCAGUCGUGGGUUGGGUGAUUUGGUGGUGGAAUGAAAUUUGGUAUGUUUGGCCUAUUCUUGCUAAAUUACGUCGUUCUAAUUCCGAUAUCAAACUCACCCUACCACCUGGCUACUUGGGUCUCCCUUUUCUCGGUGAGACUGUUCUGUUUCAAUGGUUUUUCAAUAUUAUUCGCCGACCUGAUGAUUUUAUCAAAUCAAGAAUAGAAAAGUAUGGAGGAGAUAAUAAUGUAGGACUUUACAGAACACAUUUAUACGGAUCUCCGAGCAUAAUAGUGUGUGAUCCUUCUCUUUGCAAACAUAUUCUGAACUCAAGCGAAAAUUUCAAGGCUGAAUGGCCAACCAAUAAAGUGGUAGGACGUAAUUCAGUCAUAUCAAUUGAAGGUGAACGUCAUGAUAUCAUCAAGAGUCUGGUUGUGAAUUGCUUCUCUCGUCCAGAUGCACUUGCUUGGGUUAUGCUCAAAGUCCAACCUUGUAUUAUUUCUACCCUUCAAUCAUUGUCUCAAAGGCCUUCAAUCAAAACUUUCUAUGAACUUAAGAAGGCCACACUUGACUGCACUUUACGAUAUGUUGUUGGUUUUGAGUAUGACACUCGUCAAAUUGAAGAUCUUGCUGAAGCAUAUGAGGGUUUAAACUUGGGUUUUAGGGCCACACCUUUACACAUCCCCGGAACUACUUAUUAUCGUGCCCUAAAGUGUCGGGAAAAGAUUGUCAAGGUAUUCAAGGAUGAGCUAGAAAAAAGAAGGAAGAACAACAUACAUAACAUUGAUGGAACAAAAGAAAGUGUGAGUGAUCUAAUGGAUUCAUUGAUAAAAGCCCAGGACAUCCAAGGAAAGCAUUUGAAAGAUGAAGAGGUCCUAGAUAACAUUGUAAACUCAGUCCUUUUGGGUCAUAUUUCCAGUGCUUAUGCAGUGACAUGGUGUCAUUAUUUUUUGGCAAAAUCUCCUACUAUACUUCAAAAACUACGGGAAGAAAACAUGGCACUUUUAAGGGAGAAGAACGGUGAGGCUAUAACAAAUGGAGAUAUUCAAAAGUUAAAAUACACAAAUAAAGUAGUGGAAGAAGUACUUAGAAUGGCAAACCUUUCUGGCUUUCUUUUCAGAAGAGUCACAGAAGAUGUCGAAUUUAAAGGUUACAUAAUUCCAAAAGGUUGGAGAGUAAUGAUUUGGCUAAGACAGCUACAUAAUGAUCCAACAAAUUUUGAAGAUCCAAUGUGUUUUAACCCAGACAGAUGGGAAACACGUCCAAAACAUGGAACAUAUCUUCCAUUUGGAGGAGGGUUGAGAUUUUGUCCAGGAAGCAUGAUCAUUCGACUCAUUAUGGCCUUAUUCAUCCAUCAUUUGGCCAUUGGAUAUGAGUGGGAAAUGAAGAAUCCUGAUGUUCACAUCUCUUAUUUAUCGCAUCCUUUACCUGCUGAUGGUCUUGAGAUUACAGUCAAGCCAAUCAAGAAUUAAUCAACUCAAUCAAUUAAUGCGUUUUGUAUACAAUUUUGUUUUUAGAAAUUCUAAAUAUGCAUGAUACAUAAUUGUAUUGAUGAGUGACUAAUUUUACAACCCAAUUUAUUUAAUAAGUACAAUAAUGUUUCUUUUUUAUAAUUGUAUUUAAUAUAUUAAAGAUCCUUUUGCAAUUGAGGGAUCAUUUUAUUUUUAUUAUUAUACGAACUACCGUACACAUAUAUUGUCCAAUAAG